ACAGAGAGGUGGAACAAUAGAAGACAGGACUUUCCAAUGUAUACUUUUUAAAGUGUCGUGGUCUUUGCGGAUUGAGGAGGAGGUGGCCGCUGAAAGUGGGAAUCGUGAAGACAACGGCGGCGGCCAAUUUGACCAAGACCCUUGUAAUACAUAACGGAGGCAACGUUGACCGUCACCCGAUACAGCAGGCGGGACAGCUGGAACAGCGGUGUGUGUAUGGAGCAGUGUGAGAGUGCAGCCUCCCUGCUGGCCUCCGUGCGGGAGCAGGAGGUGCAGUUUGAGCGCCUGACUCGGGCUCUGGAGGAGGAAAGGAGACGAGUCGGACACUCCAGCCCCCUUCCCUGCCCCCUCCCCACUCCACAGAACGGUGGUGUGCCUGGUGAUGUUGACAUAGACAGACUGAAAUUGAGUGAGGGUUACAUUAACGGGACACAGUACAGAAUGUUGGACCCAGGGCAUGUUGUUGAAGAGACCUACACUGUUGAGGAAGACCCACAGGAGUCCCCAUCAGUUGUUUCUGUGGAGACGAGUGAGGAUGGAACAACACGACGCACAGAGACCACGGUAAAGAAAGUUGUGAAGACCUUUACCACUCGUACAGUGAUCCCCUCAGUCUCAGACACUCUGUCACUGGAUGGUGGUGGAUCUGUGACUGGUGUUGGAAACUAUGCAGCCACUUUGGACCGUGUCUAUGGACAGAGUAGGCCAGAUUAUCCUACUGCAACUGUGCCCAGGAAUUACCACUAUGGCCCCACAGGGGGCUAUGAUGACUAUAGAACAGCUCCAAUCCCUGAGACUUAUGUCAGUUUAAGCAGGGGUGCCCGGAUGGAUGAGCGCUACAGGCCAGUGGAUGGCUACCGGACCUUAGACUCUGGAUACCGAGCACCUAGCCGACAGCAGCUGGACCCAUACGCUGCCCAACCUCAGGUCCGCCUAGGCAGUGCCAUGGAGCUUUCAGGGAUGCCACGUUAUGUUUCUGAACCCUAUGGCCCUGAGGAUGAUCAACGCAGCCUGGGCUAUGACGACAUGGAUUAUGGAAUCCCCCCACAAUCCAUGUACUCUGGCUACGGAACUGUACCCAGGCUGGGGCCAGGAGGGGGUGGCUUGGACCGUCGCAGACUCAGGAGCUGCGAGGGCACUCUGGAUGGAGACAUGGGAGGCCCAGGUGGUGACCCAUAUGGUUGGGGCCCCACCAUGGCCCAGAUGGAAAGAGGCAGCAUGGCCUCACUAGACAGCACCUUAAGGAAGGGAGAGGUACCUACAGCCUGGAGGCAGCCAGAACUGCCUGAAGUUAUUGCUAUGCUCAAUUACCGACUGGACCCAGUCAAGAGCAAUGCAGCUGCCUUCCUGCAGCACCUCACCUUCAAAAACGACAAGGUAAAAUCUGAUGUUCGGCGCCUGAAAGGCAUCCCAGCCCUGGUCUCCUUGCUGGAUAACCCUAAGAAGGAGGUCCACUACGCAGCUUGUGGAGCCCUGAAAAACAUCUCCUAUGGCCGUGACCCUGAUAACAAGAUAGCGAUCAAGAACUGUGAUGGGGUCCCAGCCCUGGUGCGCCUAUUGAGGAAGACCAGGGACCACGACCUAACAGACACCAUCACUGGAACCCUUUGGAAUUUGUCAUCACAUGACUCUGUGAAGAUGGAGAUUGUGGACCACGCCUUGCAUGCUCUCUCGGAUGAGGUCCUAGUGCCACACUCUGGGUGGGAGAGAGAUGGCAGCACAGGGGGAAAGGGUGGUGAGGAUAGCUGCAAACCCCGACACUUGGAGUGGGAGACUGCGCUAACCAACACUGCCGGUUGCCUCAGGAAUGUGAGCUCAGAACGUAGUGAGGCCAGGCGGAAGUUGAGGGAAUGCAGCGGCUUGGUCGACUCCAUCAUGUAUAUUGUCCAGUCACAGAUUGACCGCAAGGAUGUUGACAAUAAGCUGAUAGAGAACUGUGUCUGUCUGCUGAGGAACCUGUCCUAUCAAGUGCACCGAGAGGUACCAGGAUGCGAGCGUUAUUUGGAGACAAUGCCCCAGAACCAGGGUCCCAGCACUGGCUCUGUGCAAAAGGCUAGCUGUUUUGGCUCACGGAAGGGCAAAGACGAGUGGUUUUCCAAAGGGAAGAAGGAAGCAGAAGACACAGCUGCAGACAUGAUUGAUUUUCCAAAGAGGACCACUCCUGCCAAAGGUUAUGAGCUGCUCUUCCAACCAGAAGUGGUGCGGAUCUAUGCAUCCCUACUAAAGGAAAGCAAGAACCCCUCAGUGCUGGAAGCUGCUGCUGGUGCCAUUCAAAACCUGUGUGCUGGUCGUUGGACUUAUGGCCGAUACGUUCGUGCCAUGGUUCGUCAGGAGAAGGGGCUGCCCAUGAUGGCAGAGCUGCUGGGUCAUGGUAAUGACCGCGUAGUGCGUGCCAUGUCUGGGGCUCUGAGGAACCUGGCCAUUGAUGCCAGGAACCGGGACCUACUGGGAAAGCAUGCAGUGCCUUACCUGGUAGCAAACCUGCCUGGUGGGGGCCAACAGCAGCCUGCACGUGCACUGUCUGAGGAGACGGUUGUGUCAGUACUGAGCACACUGGCUGAGGUGUUGGGCUCCAGCGUUGAAGCAGCCAAGACACUGCGUGCUUCGCAGGGCAUUGAACGCCUGGUGCUCAUCAACAAGGAUGGUAACAGGACAGACCGGGAGGUGCGUGGUGCUGGCCAGGUGCUGCAGAUUGUGUGGGCCCACAAGGAGCUGCGCCGAACCUUGGAGAAGGAUGGCUGGAAAAAAACAGACUUUAUGGUGAACCCCAACCCUCCUGCUCCAAGUACCCGUAACAAUGGUGGCUAUGAAGACAGCACCAUGCCUUUAAUUGACAGAGGAGAGAAGAGGGACAGAGAGCGAGAUAUGAUUCCUCUGAAUGACAUGGGACCUGAUGGCUAUUCCACACUGGAUCAAAGGGAGAGGAGGCACAGCCUGGAUAACUCUCUCAACACAUCAGACAGGGAUACUGUACAGGUAGGGAGGUAUGGGGACAGAAAAGCCUCAUUGCCUCUGGUCGACUCAUACGACGGUUAGCCCUAACCCCUCCCUCCCCCUUACACAGUGCAUGUCACAGCAUGAAAAACUGAUUGUCUGCAUUACUCGACAAGAUCAGCCCCUUCCAUCUCAUUGCUGCUGAAGAAGUCAGUCACUGCAGCAACAGGACCUGGCAAUCUUCAUCACCUUUUCCUUCUUCCUCCUUCUCUGUGGAGGCAGAGCUAAUGGAGACCUCACUCCCAUGUGUCACAGCAGUAACCAUAAUAGUGACUAUAAGCACCAGUGGGGUUUGGCUAUGUCUGUUGUAGAUGUCAUAUCUUUAGAGAAGAAUUCCACCCCACAUCCAAAACUUGCAAAAAGCAGAAUUUUAGCAGUUUUUCAUGUCAUCCUAUGCCUGUCCCAUAUUUUGACCUAAAGGAGGAGCUUUCCCUUUUACCUCAAUUUCCACCCAUUUUCAAAAUCCCUGCUACUUUGUACCAACUCUUUCUUCCAGUAUAAUGCAGCUCUGUUUGUGGAUGACCAAAAAAUGCUCAGUUAUUACAAAGUAAAUAAAGGCCUUUUUUGGGGGAGGAGUGUGCAUUGAACAUGUUUAGCCUGUUUUUGUGUUGUCAUGGACAGACAGGGGUCCACCCUACAUCUGCAGUGGUCAUAACAGUACUAGUAAUAGAAUCUCCUGUUGUAAGAUGUCCUGAAUCUCUUGUUCUUUCUCAAAGCGGUUUUGUUUUUGACAAUCAUUGUUUAUUGGUAAUGAUGAUCCAUUCUUACUCAGUAUACAUGCUGUCCUCCUGCUGUUGUGGGCCAUUGUUGUUUCUUAAUAGCAUCUACAGUUCUUGAAAGUCAAAUAGUACCUCUUCUGGCAUUUCACUUAAUAUGUAAGGACUUUUUAUAAAAACUUUUAAAGGACAGGUGUCCUAACUCCUGUUUAGUGUCUUUGCUGACUGUGGAUGGCCACUGUCAUGUGGAUUAACAUGUGGAUGCCUAGCCCUAAUGUCACCUGCCACUGAACACUUUAUCCUUUCUCCUGUUCUGAAAAAGUGUGCCAUUUUCCCCUUCAGGAAUACAGAAAAUACCCCAGUUUUAAAAACAAAUAUUUGCAACUGAAAAUCAAAAGUUCUCAUAACCACCUUACAUGAAAGGUCCUUCAACAUUUUAUUUGUAAAGAAGAAUUAAAUAUAAUUACUUCUGAGUCAUGUAGCUGGUUGGUCUGAACUACAAGGGACAUGGUUAUAGUAUGAUAGUCAUGGGAUUCGUGAUGUAUAUUUCCCCCUCCCCUAUAGGUUAAAAAUAUGUAUAUGUAUUUGUAUAGAAUUUAUGUAAUCUAUUUUUCAGCUGUAUUUCAUUGUUAAUGCAGGGUUGCAAUUUUUUGUAAACUGAUUUGGGAAAUAUAGAACUUGGAGGGUAGCAAAGACCAAGGGGGGCAGUUCUGGUUGAUCGAUGGAUUUCAGCUGAGCCCUCCCAAACAUCCACCCAGCAAGCUGUCCCUUUAUGGCGUCUUUGGUGUAGAUGUGUGUUAGGGCAUUUCUAACUAGCAAGGCAGGAGGCAGUUUCCAGUUAGAUUGCUUCUGAAGACCUAGAGCUUGGACACAAUUUCAGAAAAGGUGCAUUAUUUGGGGACCAGUUGGAAUGGACCAGUCAUUUGCAUGAAGCCUUUCUCCCCUUUUGUUUCUCUACAUUAAUCUUUUUAUUUUGCAAGAACUUAUUUCUGAAGUAAUUUAUUUAAUGUAUCCAUAAUUUCACGUUGCGUAGAUCUGCCUACCGUAAAACCUGAUUAAUCUGUUGCAGUCGUCACCGGUGCAGUACAUUAGUAGUCUUCUCUAUAUGCCAGAACUGACUGAAGUGAAACUGCACAAGAUGGUGUAGAAUAAACAGGAUUGUACAUCUAUCA